GGUUAAGAUUUGUGUUCAUUCUGUCACAGUCAGUGACCGAAUCGAAUCGUCGGAGCGGUGGUUACGCUAAAAAUAUAAUAACGAAACAGUUUAACGAAAAAAAAUACAUUAAAACAAGCAACUUAGUUGAAAGUCUUCGUUAAGUAUGAAACAGAUAAAAGGCGUGAUUGUCUUUUUAAAUAAUGUUUCAUAAAUGAAAUUGUAUUUUGUGAUUUCGCGGCAUCGGUUGUAUAUUGUUUGUGAAUGGUACGGUUAAUGUUGCAGCUAUGAAAGGAUGUUAAGAAUUAUCCCUAAAAUAUAAGUGUUUAACUUUUGAGUUGGAUGGGAUUGCACGGCUGGUGUUCAGAGCGUGUGAUGGUCCGCUGGGCGCUGGUACUCCUAGUGGCUGUAGCUUGCCACGCCGCCACACUCGACUCGGAGCUGGGCGUCGGCAAAUCCAUCAACAUCUUCAUGAGAUAUGGCUACCUCAGUAUAUGCAUGCGAGUGGUACCACGCAACGACACAGAUGGCUGGGUGUUCAGAGAACCAACUGUCAACGUGUUCAAAGACGUCGACCAGCUGGUUCUGGCCCCAAAACCGAGGACAGCAAAAACGCUGUUCGACGGUGACUUCCACAUGGAGUUCUGCGAUAACUUGAAACAGCUAUUACAGGCGUACUUUAGAGACUUCAGCUUUGAGAGGUUAGAACGUCCGUGGCGGGCGUUCACAGCUGGCUGGCCCACGGACAUCAUGGCUAGGAACCUUGGAAUCAACUCAUCAUUCAUCACUGGCGAUCAUUGCUACGUGCUAGUGAGAGUAUCCAGGUUCCGCGAAACCGCCAAGCUGAAAGAGAUACCGUCCGAUAUUUCCGUCGAGGACGUAGUGUAUGAGGCGAUUGAUGAAACUAAUGUCGGCGACACGGUGUCCAUAGCUGACUUCAUACGGAAAUAUGGCUCGCAUUAUAUAGCGUCAUAUGUCACUGGGAAUUCACUGUAUCAGGUAUUCGUGUUCUCUCGCGGCGUGUACUCUCGUAUACGGGAGCGAGUGAAAUCAAAGGGCGUGGGUUCUAUACCGCCAGCUGACAUCGACAAUUACUUCUCACCGCUGUACGCUGAACAUAUAGGAGCUGUCAAGGUGUUUGUGUUCUCUAGAACCGUAUACUCAGUUAUCAAAGAAAGACUUAAAAGCAAAGGCGUCGGUGACAUUACAGCCAAGGAGCUGGAGGGAUAUUUCUCACCCUGGCAAGCCAAACAUAUCGGUCAGAUAAAGGUCGCGAGCGGGAACAAAACUGUCGAGAGUUGGGCGAUGAAGAAGUUAAGAGUACAUUAUUAUAUUUUCUCAUAUCCGAGUUUGUUGAAGCUGCACGGAGAGCCGGCGUUGUUGAGAAAUUUGGACACGUUGCUAGGCAACGAAGCGUUGCUGCAACUAGAACUGAAAACACUAUCGCCAGCAUUCAAAGACGUUAAAAAGAAAAAGUGGUUCGAAGAAGUUAUAGACAAUUAUUUAAAGUUAUGGGAGAGUAAUAUGUGAUAAUGGUGAUAAUUAGGUAAUGUAGGAUUUAGUCGUUUUUAAAUUUAUUACAAUUGUUUGUGUAGCGCCAUCUAUGUGUGAUCGUUGAAACUGUUGGGAUUCAUUGACAGUUAUUUUUUAUAUGCUAGUACAUUAAAAAAAAAUUAUAGAUAUUUUAGAAUUAUUUUUACAAAAAAUGUUUUGGCUUUGAAUGUGAUACCAAUAAUAACAAAAUGAACCACAAAUUUGAGACGAAAACGUUUAUAUUACGCAAAUAUAAAUAUAUAUAUUUUUAUAAUUAUUUAUGAUAUUUAAUUAAUGUAAUAUUUUUAAGAUUUACACUUUUACAUAAAUAGUUAAAUAUACUUUAAUAUGGAUAAUUGCGUACAGCGCCAUCUAGAUCGGUUUAUGUAAACUAAAGUGUACCCGAUGUGAACAGCGAUUUAUGUGCAAUAAAAUCAACUUUUUAAUAAAAAAAAAAUAUGUACAAAUAUAAUAAUGCGGGAUCAAAAGUGAAUGCAUUUAUAAAUCACAAUCUUGUAUGUAAAUAUAUGGAGUCAGUUGUGAAAUAAAAUUGAUUGUGAUCGUA